AUGGCAAAGUCCCUCAUUACCAUCAGCUCCAAGGAGCAGUUUACCAAGACUCUUCAGUCCUCCAAAAUCGUCGUUGCCGACUUCUAUGCCGACUGGUGCGGUCCUUGCAAGCAGAUUGCUCCCCUCUUCGAAUCGCUCGCCGACACCCUCUCUCGCCCUGGCGUGGCUUUUGUCAAGGUCAAUACCGACAGCAACAAGGACAUCGCGUCCGAGUACCAGAUCUCCGCCCUCCCGACUUUCCUCCUCUUCCGCGAUGGCAAGAUGAUGAAGGGGAUCCAGGGAGCCAACCCCAGUGAGCUGCAGAAUGUCGUUCAGGAACUCGUCGCCGAAGUCAAGUCCCUCGGCGGCGGCGUCGGCGGCGUCGGCGGCGUCGGCGGCAACGGCAGUGGCGAGCCGUGGAAGGGUGCCGAGCUCCCCAGAGGGUACAUGGACAUCUCGGACCAGGUAGAGGUCCGCAACUGCGAGCUUCUCAACGCCGACGAAGAUGCCGGUCCCGUCAAGGUCCUGUUUGAAACGUCCAAACCCAGCGCUCUCGUCAGGGCCAAGGACUCGGCCGAGAAGAAGGAUUGGGUGCAGAGCGGAGCCGACGAUCAGCUCCUUCUCUUCAUUCCCUUCCAGGGUUCCGUCAAGCUCCACACGCUGCAGCUCACGUCGAUUCCUCCCGCAGGCCAGGACGACGUAUCGAGGCCCGAGGUUGUUCACCUGUACAUCAACCGCCCGCAAAACAUGGAUUUUGGCGAGGCGGACGAUUCGGAGCCCACCCAGGUCAUCACGUUGCAGCCGACGGAUUGGAACGCCGAUGGCACCGCCAAUAUCGGCCUCCGCUUUGUCAAGUUCCAGAAGACGACAACGCUCAUCGUGUACGUCCAAAAGGGCAGCGACGGUGCACAGGCAGUCCGCCUCGAUCGCCUUCGGCUCGUUGGCGAGGCCGGCGCCCGGCGAGAGAUGGGCAAGCUGCAAAAGGUUGGCGAGGACGAAUAG